AUGGGGCAGGGAAAAAAGUUUAUCAUCUCCAGUAUCCUCCCCAAACGCCCCGACCCACCUCAAACCCGCUCCAAAACCAAACCAUCAUCCCCCUUCAAGAAAACCCUCUGGGAGCUCCAACACAUCAUCCUCGACGACCUGCUCUUCAACGAAGCGCCCCGUAAAUAUAUGGCGCUUUCCCGCGCUCAUCUCGCUCGUGCGGCCCCAGUACUGUACGGUACUGUCGGGCUGGGGGAAGGAUUGAUGCAGCGGCUGGGGAGGAAGAAUAAGAGUGAGGUGUUGAGGAUGUGUUUGAAGAGUACGAAGGUGAUCAGGGUGGGUGAUGUGAAGUGUUUGGAGCGUUUGAGGAACUUGGCGUUGACGGAUAAGAAGCGUCCCGGAGCUUGCGCUUGGCCCACUUCGUCUCGAAGAAGAAAAGUGACCAUUACCAAAAAGCACGUUGCCCCAGAACCCAUCUUUCCCAACGUCACCACUCUCGAAUUCUCAGUAUCCGCUCUAAACACCUACGCCGCCCGGGCUCUAGACCCUUCAUGCGAGGAGGAAGAAGACGGUACGCCCACCAAACCAUACUUUGCCUCCAUGCGCAGCGAAUGUCCGUAUUUCACCCUCCCCCUCGGGAGCGGGCCCGGGACCGACGACAUAUCCAUCCGAGAUGCUCUAGGCCCGCUUUGUACCCAUGUGAUCGUGCGAUGGGACGAAGAGCCAGCUCAUGCGAUUUUCACUGUAUCGUACCACGACCUCAGCAGGCUUAUUGGUCGAGGGGUCGAAAUCCUCAGUAGUGUACGCGCUUUCUAUCCGCCGAGUGGGGCGCCAGAGCAAGCUGGGAGUCGGACUGGAAUAUCGUUCGAAGACCCCAGCAACUGCCUUGAAAGCUGCGAUACCUGUCGACUAAAGCAGACGGAAGGGGAAGAGGUAAAGGUACAUGUUCAUCGGAAAGUCAAACACCGGGAAGAAGGUAUGUCCCAGCGGAGCAUGGAUGAUGCGGUCAAGACGUCUAUCGAUAGAUGGAUCUUGGAUCGUGAUCCCGGGGAUGGGAAUGUGAGGGAGUAUCACGUCGAAGACGCGGAGCAGAUUAGGGCGAGGUUGUUUAAGAGGGAUGAUAGGUAUGCGGGGUUGGUGAAGGAUGGAAAGCUGUGUUUUGUGGAGAUGGAUCUCGAGGUUUAUGGUAGGAGCGCGACCAGUUUCUUGUAG